AUGAGUUCUCAUAGUGACCCGUGUCUCCCUUCGGGGUACACACUUCACUCCGGCUACCCUUCGGUUCCCGAGUAUUUACAUCUUCGUUCAGCCGCCGGACUAUCGGUGAAAACACCGUCCCAGGCGGCCCCCGUUGCUACGGGAAGCUGGUAUGGUUGUUAUAUAACCUCCGACGCGAUAAAUGGCGACCCACGGCCGAUCGGGAUGGGACGCGUGAUUGCUGAUGGCGGCUGGUAUUACCAUAUCGCAGACAUAGCUGUCCACCCUGAACACCAAAGGAAAGGGCUUGGGGACGUGAUUUUGAAGGCUCUCCUCCAGCGAAUCAGCCAGGGGGCUCCGUCAGAUGGAAAACCCUACAUUUCUUUGUUCGCAGAUGAAGCCGGGCGAAAGUUGUAUUACAAGAAUGGGUUCAAGGAUGCGGCGCCUGGUGGGUUGGGCAUGGUUUUCAAAUCCUAG